UCAAUGUUAUGGGUUAGUUAUCAACAUGUCUGCCUCCUUGGUGCGAGCGACUGUCCGAGCAGUGAAUAAAAGGAAAAUAUUACCCACUAGAGCCGCUCUCACGUUGACUCCUUCCGCUGUGAACAAAAUCAGGGUUUUGUUGCAGGAAAAACCAGAAUAUAUUGGUUUGAAGGUUGGCGUGAGAACACGUGGCUGUAAUGGACUGACUUACACACUAGAAUACACAAAAGAGAAGGAGAAAUCAGAUGAAGAAGUGCUACAGGAUGGUGUCAGGGUGUUUAUUGAGAAGAAGGCUCAGCUCACCCUCCUGGGAACUGAGAUGGACUUUGUGGAGUCGAAGCUGUCCAGUGAAUUUGUCUUCAACAAUCCUAACAUCAAAGGCACGUGUGGCUGUGGAGAAAGCUUCAGCGUCUGAGCAUCAACGAGGGGUCGUCAACCCAAACCUUCCUCGCUCCAACCCCACCCCCCAUCUCAUCUACAACACCAGAGCGUCUGCUGACGAGGAAGCUGGACGUGGAGAAAUGUUUGAGAUGUGGACACCCCUGACUUCCUGCCACUGCUCUUCCUGCAGGCAGCUCACUGAAGCCCAGCUGUGCAUUUUUUAGGCUCAAUUGGGAAAGUUUCCUACACUUCGCAGUCAAAACCAGAAAUUUUUUUAUGUUCCACUGUUUCUUUUUAUUUCAGCAGCUGAUUUUUCAGCUAUGUGUUUAAGAAACAGUAGGACCUCUGAGUUAAUUAUUUUUUAGUUGAUAGAGGGCUUAUAUUUUAUACAUCACAGAUUUUCAUGUGAGUCAAAUCUCAACAUAUAYAGAGGAGAAAAAAGUGGGAAAAUACUGAGAGCUUAAAGGGUAACGUUGGUGAAACUAAAAGGAGGAAGCAUGCAGGUAGUUUUAAGUUUGAAUCGAUCUGCUGAAGUCCUGACAUCAGCAGUUUGAUGAAAUCUCUGCGCUGCAGUGUCCAGUCCUGCACCAUGUCCCCAGCAGGAUGGAAAACUUGAGUCUCAAAGUCAUUUUAUCAGUUUGUAAAGCUGAUAUUCAUGGGUGUGUACAUAACAAAAUGUAAGAUUCUUGAACAGCUCAUACGCACAAAAGAAAAUAACGCACAAAACACGAAUUCCUCAUUGAAGAGUUCUCCGGUGGCUUUCUUUUUUUCUUUUUUUCUUGUUUUGCUUGAUCAAAACCAGGAUUGUUUGUAUAGAUUUGAGUGCUCAAUCUUUUUUUAACCURUGCAAUAUAUUUGUGUACAUAGAAUAAAAAUAAUAAACAGCUUAACUAAACACCAGA